AUGCCGUACACGCUGAAAGGCCGCCACGUCCUCGUCGCUGCAGGUAGUCGAGGCCUCGGCGCCAUGAUAUGUGAGAAAUUCGCCAGCGAGGGAUGUCACAUCAUGGUCAACUACGUCUCAAGAGAAGAUCGAGCGAAGGAAGUCGUCGAAAAAGUGAAAGCUCGCGGAGUACAUGCUUUUAUGAUCAAAGGAGACGCCGGGAUCGCCGAGGACAACGUACGAAUGGUUAAAGAGACAGUCGAGAAGCUAGGCGGCCUCGAUAUCAUCAUUGCCAACGCUGGGUGGACUCGGUUUUCGGAUUUCAAAGAUCUUCACGCCCUGAGCCACGAUGAUUGGAAUAGGUGCUGGGCCGUGAAUGUCAUGUCACAUCUGCAGCUCAUGCAAGCUGCUGCUCCCAUCUUCAACGCCAACCCCGAAGGGGGAGUCUACCUCAUUACAUCUUCGAUCGCGGGUUCUACACAAACCGGGAGUAGUAUGGCGUACAGUACGACAAAAGCUGCGGGUCUUCACCUGAUGAAAUGUCUGGCCGCUACUCAGGGCCCAAAGAUCCGUGUCAACGCUAUUCUACCAGGCCAAUUGUUGACGGACUGGGGAAUGCAAUUCAGCGACGAGCAGAUCGAGGCCGAGAAGAAGCAAGCUGUUCUACGGCACGAGACAUUUCUCGAUGAUUGUGCCGACGCUUAUGUAUCCGCCGCGAAGAACACAUCAAUGACUGGUCAAGAGAUCACCGUCGACGCGGGCCUGACCAUUGCUUGGUCUGCGGGUCAAUGA